AUGUUGUAUUCUGCUUUACUCUCAUUGUCAAUCUUGGUUUCCUCCUUGAAUCAAGUAGAAGCAUGGGUUGAUCCCUUCUUCGUUGUUCAACAUGGACCAGAUCUAAUCACUAGCAGGAUAGACCCUGUUAUCAACCCAGGAGCGGUGUCUUCUCAUGUCCACUCUAUCAUCGGUUCAUCGGCUUUCAAACCUACUUACACCUAUGAGAACUCAAUGUCUGGAAAAUGCACAACUGCUAAUGUUGACAUUGAUCGAUCAAACUACUGGACACCCCAGUUGUACCGAAAGCGAACAGAUGGCAAAUUCGAUUUGGUAAAGAUGAACAGGGCAAAUACAUAUUACCUUGUAAGACGAGGAAGUCAGACCGAAACUGUACACGAGUUCCCACCUGGGUUCAGAAUGAUCGCUGGUAACCCAUCACGAACGACCUACAACGCAUCUUCAUAUGCCGAUAAUGCUGUCAGUUACGUCUGUUUGGGAGUCAAUGGAGCACCUGAGACAGGUGCCUUCCCAACUCAAAGCUGUCCCAGUGACCUACGUGCUCAGGUCUUCUUCCCUAACUGCUGGAAUGGAGUCGAUAAUUGGUUACCAGGUAGCGCUCACGUCGCUUACCCGACUACUCAAGGAUACAAUUCAGGUGGAAAAUGCCCUUCAACUCACCCCAAUAGAAUCAUGAGUAUCUUUUACGAGUUCCAUUUUACGGACAACUUCGCAUAUACUCCUGGUGCUAGGGUUUGGGCGACUGGAGAUGAUGUUGGAUACUCUCUUCAUGCGGAUUUCACUUUUGGGUGGCCUAAAAAUUUUCUCUCCGGUAUCAUCCCUUAUGGCGAGACUUGCGCUGUAGAUUUCAGUUUGGAAAAUUGCCCACCACUUAAGCCGCACUUGGUGAAUAACGGGUCAGCUUGUACCCCUGACGCAGGGUUCCAGAUCGUCAAUGAGGACAUCGGUACCAACGGUCCUGUAGCUAAGUUACCUGGAAAUAACCCUGUGUGGGGACGAAGCGGCGCUAAGGUGCCCGAUCCAAACUAUAAAGAGACUGCUUCUUUCUCUACUUCCACCAUAGCAGUGCCUGCCGGAUGGAGUAAGCUUGGGUGUCUCGCCGAACCAUCUGGCUCGAGAGCUCUCACAGCCGCUUCUACCACAAGUCAGACCAUGACUCCAACACAAUGUAUCAACUAUUGUGCAUCCAAGGGAUACUCAUUAGCUGGAGUCGAAUGGUCUGUAGAAUGUUAUUGCGGUAAUACAACGACGAAAACUUCACUAUCGGCAAUCAACAACAACUUGGCUUGUAAUAUGCCUUGUAACGGCUUAGAUUACGCAGCUGGAUACUGCGGAGGUUCAUCUUUAUUGACUAUUUAUCAAAAGACGGGUAACACUGUAGCUUCUUCUGCAGCAAAAGUAGCUUCCUCGAGCGCUAAACCAUCUUCUUCAAGUGUUAAAUCAUCUGCGUCAAGUAAGACUUCCACUUCUACUACGUCCAAAGCUAGUACAACGUCCAAGGCUUCCACAACUACCUCAAAAGCGAGUGCUACCACAAUCAAGUCUUCUACUUCAUCUUCCAGCUUGAAAUCUACCUUGAUCGCUAAAGUUGCAAGCUCAAUAGCGAAGACCAGUACUGCAUCUGCGUCUGCUUCCACUACGAAAGCGGCAAUUCACAAACGUCGCUUGCAUCACUAA